UUGCACGCCUGGACACGACCCUUCUACGUGCGGCAAUCGAAGAAGAAUGCUGACGAUCUUUGCUUUCACAAUAGCGCUAUUACAGCCAUCUGCAGUCUUCAGUGAUGAUCUGCUGGUGACAGUUCCAGGCAGUCUGAAACUGGGCGUUCCUAACAACAUCGUGCUACACCUCGAUUCGAGUUCUAGCCACACUGUGACCAUACAGGCGUACAACGAUGGUAAACGUGUGGCCUAUCUACAGAAAGUCGUUGAACCUGGAAGUCACACCACUUUGCCUCUCCAGCUAAAUGCGACAGACAUCGAUGGCGGAAAGACUGGAUCUCGUUGCAAUGCCAGUGUUAGUCUGCUUAUUCAAUGCCCUGCUCUGUCUUUCCGUCGUCAGAUGGAAGUGUUGCUUGACUGUUCUGGCGCGUCUGCUUACAUUUUCACGGACAAGAGCGUCUACACUCCUGAACAAACUGUCUCGCUUCGUGUUGCUUGUUUGGAUUGGAAGUUGACAAGUUUUGAAGAGCAGCUCACAAUUGAUGUCAAGAAUCCAAAAGGAAUUAUAAUCCGGCGCUGGAUUAGCGACAUUCAGAAAGGAUCACUAUUUGAUGACUCAUUUACAAUUGACAGUAAUCCACAAUUUGGCAUGUGGAUUGUUGAUGUUCGUCCUAAACAAGACAGUAAGGCACUGCCAAUGGGCAGUAUUCAGUUUGAAGUUAAAGAUUACGUUGUGCCUCGAUACGAAGUGAAAAUAUCAGCUCCCGAUUAUAUUAUGAAGUCAACAGCACCAUUUUAUAUCACAGUAACAGCAACUUACAUGUAUGGUGAGCCAGUGAAAGGCAAGGCUGCAAUAGAAACUGGUGUUAUUUUUGAAAAAAAGUACCGUCCAAUUAGAACAGAUCAUACAGAACAAUCACUAGUUGACGGUGUGGCGCGAUUUCGAUUACCUGUAGAGAAGAUUGAACAAGGAUUGCCGUAUGGAUUUCCUUUGGGAGGAAUCUUGAGAGUAAGAGCAAUAGUCACUAGUGAAGGAGUGAGUCUCACCGAAGAAGCCUCCAUCGAAAAGACUGUAUUCUCCGCCAAAUCAGUGCUACUUGAUAUGUCAAGAAGCAGGGCAUUCUUCAAGCCUGGACUCAUGUAUGACUUAGAGGUUUUGGCUCGAACUCCUGGUGGCUCAGUUGUGGCUAGAACUGAGGUGACAUUGCAGGCAUUUUAUAAAACAAAGGAUUCGACAGAAUUGUCUCGAAUAUUGUUUACGGGAAAUGCUCUAUCAAAACGGACGACUGAUGAUUCUGGAUUUGCUGAUUUUGCUUUUGACGUCCCACAAGCAUCUGUAAAAGUUAAACUGCAGAUAAGGGCACGUGGUAACCCUUGGACUGAGACAGAGUUGUUCCCAGAGGGAUCUGUCAAUGGCAAAUAUCUUAUGAUACGGCAACGUCGUACACGUUAUGAGAUCUGUACAAAUUCAGAAAAUCCGUGUGGAGAACAGCAGUACAGCGUGUAUUCUUCCGACUCUGGCAUAGAAACUACUCUCUGUUACACGCUUAUUUGUCGUGGAGAAAUUGCAGUCUCAAAAUGUCGCUCUGUCAGCUCCUGGCCAUACCAAAUUGGCAUCGAACUGCUACCAGUUGCAAGUCCUUGUUGCAAACUUCUGGUUUACUACCAAGAUCAACAAUCCCUAGUGGCCGACUACAUUUUUGUGUACAGUCAAUUGGCCUUCUCCAAUAAUAUUUCUUUAACACCACAAAGAACUAAUCGCCCGUACUUUACACCCAAUGAAGAGGUGUCCAUAGAUAUCGAAGGAAUUCCUGGUACAACAGUUUAUCUGUCUGCCGUAGAUGAAGGUGUGCAGUUGCUAGGAGACAACAGACUUACAGCGGCAGAGAUGUUCAACAAUCUUAAAGGCUGCAAACUGGGAUGUAAUGCAAUUGGAGGACGUGACAGUGACACCAUUUUCCAGAAUGCUGGUCUUGUAUAUGCGAAGAAGUCAAAAGCAACUGACUACAACCCCAUUUGUUUUUCGCCAGCAAAACUGGAGCAUUCUUUUCCAAAUCUGGAAGCUUGCUGUGAGAGUGGUAGAGUUCACUGUAAGGACUGCGGUGCUGGGAGGAAGAACAUGCAUACUGAAGGGAUACACACUGAAGCAUGUCGCACUGCUUUCUCUCGUUGUUGCAUAGCUGCCAACGAGUAUGACUCAUGCAGUAUUGGAGGUCGGGUUAGAACUACCAGGACUACUGGUCAUGGAUCGUUUGGAAGUAGCCAGGACAUUAAACCAACGGUAUAUCGAUCAUAUUUUCCAGAAUCCUGGCUCAAGAUGACAACAAGAAUUGGAGACCGAGGAAAGACAGUUUUGCAUGUUAAUGUUCCAGACUCCAUAACCACCUGGCAAGUCAAUGCGGUUGGAAUUUCUGGCACUGGAAUAUUUGGAAUGGCUUCACCUCAGCGCCUAAGAGUAUUUUCUCCUAUUUCUCUGGAAGUCACUUUGCCAUAUUCCGUCAUACGAAAUGAGCAAUUUAUUGUAAAAGCGACGGUUUACAACUACAAUCAUCUAACAAGCAUUGAUAACGUUGCAGUAAACAUGAAGUCAGAUUCGUUUUAUAUGUGUACAACUGCCGGCACAGAAAGAGCUACCGAGAAAAAAACAAUUGAAACGAUCCCUCCAAAGUCUAGUCACACGUUUCAGUUUCCUGUUGUUCCAUUAUCUGUCGGUGAGAUUAAAAUAGAGGUCAUUGCAGAGCUAGAGUUACUACGAGAAGUGGUGACAAAAACAGUAAUUGUUGAGCCGGAAGGAGAAGAAAAUGAGAUUUCUUUCUCGAACUCAUUAGAUCCAAGUUCUAACGGAGGACAGCAGAAUUUCAAUUUUAACCUAAGCAUUCCAGAACACUCGGUCAGAGACUCAGCUCAGCGUUACCUCUAUAUAACAGGCAAUAUGUUGGGUCCUGUGGUAGCACUGCAAGGGUUUGAUAGUCUUCUUAGACAGCCUUAUGGAUCUGGGGAACAAAACACGAACAUCUUCUGCACAAACGUUAUUGUUCUACUGUAUCUCAACAACACUGGACAAAUCAACAAACAAAUUUUAGAAAAAGGAAUUGCCAAUAUCCGCAACGGUUACAGUCGUCAAAUGAUGUUCAGAAGGUCUAGCCCACCUGGAUCGUUUAGCACAUUUGGAGACAGUGAUGCUUACGGAAGCACUUGGCUUACCGCUUUUGUGUUAAAGUGCAUUUGCUUAGUGUCAAGGCUGGAAUUAAAUGGUUCGAUUGUGGAUCCUUUGGUUAUCAAGACUGGGAAAGAAUGGUUGCAAAAGCAACAAGAACUGACGGGACAGUUCGUUGAUCGAGGUCUGCUAGUAAAUGUUAGUCUUCAGGGAGGUGUACACAAUUAUUCUCACUCUUUAACGGCUUACGUUUUGAUCUCGUUUCUCGAGUGUAGUUCAAUCGCUGAUUCAAUUCAGGAAACGCAGACUACAGUAAAUCAGCGAGUUUCUCCAACAGUAACGUGGGCAGCUCAGUAUCUCAACGUCAGCAUUAACAACCACAAUGGCACAGCAUUUGAGUCAGCUAUUGUUUCGUAUGCCUUAUGUUUAGUUAAAGACCGGAGAGGAGCAAGGGAAGCUUUAAGAAAGCUGUGGCGCAUGGUUCGUGUCAAUGACGUGAAUGGAACUGCUGAUUGGGUUAGUAAGAGCCCUACCAAAGCAGUGUCAAUCGAAACGGCUGCAUAUGCGGUAUUGGGUUUCCUUUGUAUAGAAGAUCAUUCGUCUGCUAGUCUUGUCGUCAAUUGGCUAAACACACAACGUGAUUUAGAUGGAGGAUUUGUCUCAAAACAGGACACCUUGAUCGCUAUGCAAGCGCUGGCCGCCUAUGCUGAGAUAAGACAUGAAAAUGACUCUAUUCUAAUCAUUAGUGUCAAGAGUUCUGAGGAGGAUCAAACACAGUCCUUACAAAUACAAAACGACCAAGCCAAUGUUCGUCAAACAAUAAACGUUUCCUUAAGUUCAAAUGUUCAAGUAAACGUACAAGGGUCUGCAACGGGACUACUGCAGGCUGGAAUACGGUAUAACACUCUUACUAGAAAAAAAGUCUGUAACUUUUCAACCAAUGUUGACAAUACGUUCGACGAAAACACGAAGACGAUGGAACUAACAGUCUCCGUCAAAUUUAAAGGCGAGGGCAACACUGGUAUGGCUGUGGUAUCUGUUCGUCUGCUCUCAGGCUUUGUUGUUGAUGUGGAGUCGCUCAAAAGAGUAACACGCGAUGUGGUCCUGGUAAAUCUUUAUCACACUGAAAAGCAGUCCGUGAACUUCUACUUUGAUUACAUUCCAAGUGAAUCAUUCGUUAGAUUUUCUUUUACUGCAAGAAGGCUGAUUGAAGUAGGAUUUUUGCAACCGGCGCCGGUUACUGUUUACGACUACUACCAUCCAGAUGUCAGCUGCACAGUUACUUACGCACCUGAUGGUGAAAGUUUGUUAUUAGCUUUGUUAUGUAAAGGAACUCAUUGUCAAUGUGGAGCAGGGAAAUGUCCAUUUUGCCAAAAAUUUGAGAACAGCAGGAACAAGCCCGAUAAAGACAGUCCAAAAUGCGGAGACAAGUAUCCUCAGGCAGAGCCUAAAAAACAAAAAAUUACACUAGAUGGAUUGAAAAGAGAAAUAUGUUCAAAAGACUUUGCCUACAGAAUUUUAUUAACAAGCUCCAAGACGUGGUGCAAGAAUGGUUGGACUAAGAUAUUGGGAAAAAUUGUGAAAAUCCAUAAACCAGGAAUUCGCGAGCUGAACGUCGGUAAAAUGAUUAGAAUAUGGAAAAGAGCGGAUUGCGCUUGUCCAGGCUUUGUGAAAGGAGAGGAGUACCUCUACGUCGGGCAUGACGGUCCCAAAUUUCUGGUCGAUCACAAUUCAAUUGUGUUGAAAUGGGAAAGAAAAUUGUUCAAAAAUUAUGUUAAGUUUUUAGGUAUACAAUGUCCGUCUCUUGAACGUAUAAGAAACGGCAGAUAUAUCAUGAAUAACGACAGCAGAUAUGUAGACACCAAAGCGCACUACACUUGCAACAGAGGCUACGAUCUCUUUAUGGAUGCAGAGAGGUCAUCUUACAACCGCCAAUGCCGUCAAGAUGAAGACAUGAAAAGAUGUGAAGGACACUGGAGCGGAAGAAAACCGUGCUGCAUACCAAGAUCUUGUCCGAAUCCUAAACCAUUUGUGAACGGAACGGUUAUUGGAGAUCAUUUCUUUUAUCCGGAAACAAUUUCAAUCAGUUGUGAUGUCGGACACGAAUUGACGAAAGACGGGCCAGCUUAUCAAUGUGAUGAAACCGGUUCUUGGGUUCCUCUAUCUGGUCCAUGGGCAAAAAGGCAUAACCCCUAUAAUUUGCGCGCUGCGGCAGAACUGCAACUAGUCCAAACUUGUCUAAGAAGAAAUAGCAUUCAAACGGAAAAUUUAGAAAAUUCUGAACUAAAUUUUGCAAGAUGCGAACCGGUCGGCUGCGGAAAGCCGAAAAAUCCUGUGGAUGGACAAUGUUCAGGAACUUACUAUCAGUUUGAAGGAGUUGCGCAAUGUAAAUGCAACCGGGGAUACUGCAUAGUUGGACCAGACGAAACUCAAUGUAACUCAUCAGGACAAUGGUCGAAUAAGGCACCCAGCUGCAAAAAAAUUCAAUGUCCACCUCUUAGCGAUCCCGAACAUGGUACAGUACAGUUGAGCUCAGAACAAAGGUUUGUACAUGAUACGGCAGUUUACAGCUGUCAUUCCGGCUAUGAACUAAAUAUGGAUAAAAAGAUUCAAAGAUUUACUCGAAUUUGCUUACAACUCGAUAAGCCUUACAAAUGCAACGGAGCGUGGAGCGAAAAACCGCCAUGUUGUAUACCAAGGUCAUGUCCGGAUCCUAACAAUUCUAACUUCACAAAUGGAACUAUAGAGGGAAAUGCCUAUUUCUACCCCGAAACAAUCUUCCUAAAUUGCAGUGAAGGUCACGAGAUCGUCGACGGAGGAUCCUAUUUUCAGUGCAAUCAAAGUGGCCAGUGGAAUGAAAUAUCAAAAACCAGUGACAAGGCAUUACAGCAAGCCAAUGAGAGAAUCAACUCAGAACGUGAGAAAGUAAAAGUCUGCAUAUCGCCAAAGUCAAAUUCAAUUAAAACAAGGCACUUUCCCACCAAAGUGAGACAAUUUCCUACCUGCCAACCUAAAAUUUGUAGGAAACCUGUUGUCGACAGUCACUGUACUCUGGUGUCAACGAGCUUCCAAUAUCGAAGCAAAGUGAUGUUUGACCGCAACUAUGGAUAUUGCGUUGUUGGUAGUACUAGCUCUCAAUGCAAUUCAGAAGGACUUUGGUCAAAUGCGUCACCAACCUGUGAACGUAUACAAUGUCCGUCUCUUGAACGUAUAAGAAACGGCAUAUAUGUCAUGAAUAACGACAACAGAUAUGUAGACACCAAAGCGCACUACACCUGCAACAGAGGCUACGAUAUCUUCAUGGAUGCAGAGAGGUCAUCUUACAACCGCCAAUGCCGUCAAGAUAACGACAUAAAAAGAUGUGAAGGAUACUGGAGCGGAAAAGAACCGUGCUGCAUACCAAGAUCUUGUCCGAAUCCUAAGCCAUUUGUGAACGGAACGGUUACUGGACAUCAUUUCUUUUAUCCGGAAACAAUUUCAAUCAGUUGUGAUGUCGGGCACGAAUUGACGAAAGACGGGCCAGUUUAUCAAUGUGAUGAAACAGGGUCUUGGGUUCCUCUCUCUGGUUCAUUGGCAAAAAGGCAUAAAUCCUAUAAUUUGCACGCUGCGGCAGAACUGCAACAGAUCAAAACUUGUCUAAGAAGAUAUAGCAUUCAAACGGAAAAUUUAGAAAAUUUUGAACUGAAUUUUGCAAGAUGCGAACCGGUCAACUGCGGGAAGCCCAACAAUACUGUGUAUAGACAAUGUUCAGGACCUUACUAUCAGUAUAAAGAAGUUGUGCAAUGUACAUGCAACCCGGGAUACUGCAUAGACCAUGAUAAGAUAACUUGUGACGCAAAAGCUAAAUGGUCUCCAUCAAUACCAACCUGCUCAAGAAUUUAUUGUCCUCAACUGAAGUAUAAUGCGACUCGAAUGUGGUUAACAAUAAAAAGAGAUGGACAAGCAAAAGACUGCCUUAAAGACAAGUUUUGCUAUGGAGAUACUGUUACCUUUGAUCCUCGCCCUGGUUACUCCAUCGACCGCAGCGUUCAACUUGUAUGUGAGCAAUACAAAUCAAGCCCUCGUCAAUGCGCAGGCUAUUGGCAUCCCGAUGAUCGACUACCACAACCUCUUGAAAAGAUUUGCACUCCUCCUCCUGUAAAGAUCAAUAACAGACUUGUCCAUGGUAGUGAUUUUACCGUCGGAUCCACAAUCAGUUACAGCUGCUCAGCAGACUACGAGCUAAAGGAUGGUAGUGAUACAAGAAUAUGUUUGUCGUCGGGACAGUGGAGUGGAAUGCAACCAAGAUGUGAACACGUUUGCGCCAAAUAUGUGGCACAACCUGGCUCCGUUCGGUAUUGUAUUGUAACAAGCGAUAAGGCAGAACUAGUCUGUCCAGGAAUAACUGAGUGCCCGUCAGACCUCACUCCGGUCUGCUCAAGUGAUACACAAACUUACAACAACCUCUGUCUCCUAAAAAUUUCUGGCUGCAGAAAGUACGGCGUCAACGAUACAACAACCGCUGUAGCAAACGACAACUGUCUUUUCGGUGGAAUUUGUACUGAACUGCAACCAAAACCAUCACCUGGAGAUCAGUGCAGACAAACUGCGUAUCGAUAUUUCUACAAUACUGAAACGUCAGAGUGUGAACGGUACGCAAACGGACCCUGUUACAAAGGACAUAACAGUUUCUAUACAUUGGACGAUUGCAAAGAUCACUGUGAUACAAGUAAUCCUUGCAUUUCUAAUAUGGACCUUGGCUUGUGCAAUCUUCAUCAGCUACGUUACUAUUACAACCUGACAGAAGAGAAGUGCAUGGAAUUUAACUAUUCAGGCUGCUAUGGAAAUGAAAACAAUUUUAUAUCAAAGCCAACGUGCGAAGCAAAAUGCAGCGGAGUUCGCAUCAUGACUGCAGAAGAUUGCUGCAGAAAGAAUACCCUGAAAGAUCAGUGCAAAGGCGAACUAGUAUUAGAUAUUGAUGCUAUUGACAUCUUUAACAAAAAUGGAAGAGUGAUCGUUGGAAUAAAAUUCAAACCAAGGAAUUUAAAAUAUCUACCAGUACAAAAGUAUAAAAAUGCUUUUAAACUUUCGCUGCCAAUAGCUAAAAGUGAAGUGGAAGGAUGCGACAUGAAAUGUCCAAAGUUCGGUUCAAAGAAGAAAUAUUUAGUUGUUGUUAAAGGAGCCAGUAUCAAAAAGAGGCAAGUGAAAGCUGAAAAGUACCACUUAAUCCAAUACAGAGACGGCGGCGAAAAGUCUAAAAAGGUUGCUCAACUCAAACAAUGCAAUUAAAAUAGAUGAUGGCAUGAUCUGCAAGACUCACGUUGACGAGAAGAUUUGGGUAGACAAUUUGUGGUUGUUUGACUUCUAGCAAGUGCGCUAGAAUGUUUGUGUUAGUGCUGUUUUGAUACCUCUACAAUGUGACGUAGAGAUGACAAUGGAGACAAGCGAGAAAUUAUUGA